AUGAAAAGAAAGAGGGAGGAGAUUCAAACAAAAGCGGACAAGAUGGAUCUAGAAGCGCACACUGUGGAGUUCCGAGUAUAAAAGCCAAAUCGGUAGGCAUUUCACCUCAGUAAGGACACUUUCCUUAUCCGGUACACUUCAUCAGAAGAAUCAAGAAUUGUAAUCAAGAUGUUAAAACUGAUGUCAGUUCUAUGGUUCGUGGUUGCUUCCUGCUUCCUCUGCCCGGCUGUUGAAUCAUCGAGCGAAAUUGAAUCAUCCAUCUCAAGCAAUAGCGAUUCAACCAGCCAGGCCAUGGUUGGCUCGUUGCGUUUUUACGGCAUUAGCAAAACGAUGAAGACCACCACAACUGUUGUCCACUUAUACACCACGUACGUCCGCCAGACUUGUUUGAGUGUUCAGCCUGGAACGUCUGCGUGCCCCGAAACGACUCCACCAACCACAACAACUUCUACGACGACGACCACAACUACUCCUACACCCGUUACCGUAACGCCCGCCACUACAACGUCCGGAACGACUGCUACUACAGCAUCCUCAACAACAGCACCUCCUUUUGAAAUCGUCAAGAAUCAAUUCAUGCCAUCUGUUUCGACGAAUAUCACCGUUAACAAAUUGACCGCUGGAUCUGGAUUAGGUGGGCUCUUUAACAAGCGUCCAGCCAAUAUCAAAGUUUCCGCCACCGCAUCAGCUAGCGUCACUGCAAAUGGACGUCGCAGACGAUCUCACGUUAUGGUUGGAAAAAUCCACCCAUCAGCCGUUAGACAGGUUGAAAUCACAGCUAAUCCUGAUAUGUCACUGCGUGAGUCCAUUCAACUGGAUGUGACAGUGGAAGCCUCCCGAGCGGAAGAAUAUCAAGAGUAUUACAUCACCGGUUUAAUGCCGCAUUUUGCAGAGCGAGCCCUGGGCAUUAACCCAAUUACAAUCGUUAGAUUGGAGCCAACAACCAUCAUCGUUACUCAAACAGUCACUUCAAAGUUUCCAUUUAACAAGCCCUCCGAUCGCGUCACUCUCAGUUAUGGUGGCUGCGUACCUUCCAAUGUAGUGGCAAUGAAUCUGCCUCAUUGCCUCUAAAUUACCUGGCAUUGACAUUUUCUCAGCAUAGAGGUUUGAAAACUUGGAAAUCAAUUGCAUUUAUUCAACGGAAGGAAAAUUAUUUUCUUUCGUUUUCAGUCUGGCAAGUAAGAAACAAACCAGAGCACUGAAACGAGAACUAUCAACAUAAGCAUUUAAAAAAGCAUUUGAAAUUUGUGAAAACUUCUUUGUAUUAAUUUUCAAUGGAUCAGCAAAUUAAUAAACAAGAACAAAACUA